CUCAAACUUCACACCAACACUGGUUUCCGAUCCGACCCAGACUCGGCAAUCCGAAAGAGCUUCAUCACCUGUGAAGCAGCUUCACUCCCAUCACAACCCCUCACCAUGAAAGUCACAGCGCUCUGGGUCUACCCCAUCAAGGGUCUCCGUGCCAUCCCACUCACAUCGGCAACCCUCACCCCGCAGGGCAUCGCCCACGAUCGCACCUUUGUGCUCUGCCACCGCAAGGCAGACGGCUCGCUCGACAAGCUCCAGCUCGCAGGACAUCCCGAGUGCGCCCUCUUUGGACAGGAGAUUGUCGACGGGACGAUCCACGUUCGCUACCAUGCGCCGGAGACGCCCAUCGUCCCCCGCAGUCCGCUGCACGACGAGACGCUGGCGAUUCCGCUGACGCCUGACACGGCGGGUCUGGACAGGGAGGAUGUGAAUGUGCACAUGAGCAUGGUGCGCGCGUACAAAAUGGGAUCCAAGUACGAUGAGUGGUUCACCGCCUGCUUUGGCUUCGACACGGUACUGCUCUACAUUGGCGACCAGAAGCGGCCCAUCCUAGGCACCUUUUCGCCCAAAGCUGCCCAGCCGCAGAAGGGAUGGCUGUCGUCGGUCGCGAGCUACGUCACCGGGUCCAAUCGGGAAGAAGACUGGCUCACCUUUGCCGACUGCGCGCCAUACCUCAUCGCCACCGAAGCAUCCCUCCGAAACGUCAAGACGCGCCUAGAGUCGGGCGAGGUGGACAUGGUCAAGUUCCGGCCCAACAUUGUCGUCGACGGCGAGACGCAGUGGGACGAGGACUACUGGUCGGAGCUCAGUCUCAACGGCGGUGCUGGAUUCACCCUGUCCAAGCUCUGCGGACGCUGCACGUCUGUCAACGUGGACUAUGACACGGGCCGCCCUGCUGCGGGCGAGUCGGGGACUGUCCUCAAGAAGCUCACGGCUGAUCGUCGUGUGGACGAGGGGCACAAGUACUCGCCCGUCUUUGGGCGCUACGCCUUUUUGACCGAUGGCGUCAACCUGAGCAGCAUCGCCCUGGGUGAUGAGGUCAAUGUCACAAAGAGGAGCGAGCAGCGGCCUGUAUGGGACUGGCCGAUGAAAGACCCUGCGGCGGCCCGCUUCUACGAGCAACGUGUCUAGAGGACGUGACGGUGUUGUGUGUACGACUCGGGGGGCAACGUGUUAAUUCCGCGGAUGCGGCAGAGGGAAACAAAGUUACGUUACGAGGCACUGCGGCAGGCUGCACUGCUCAGACGGGGUUCCUCUCAGCAUUGUGUACCAUACCAAAGCACACGUGGCUACAAGACAUGCUGCAAAUGACAGGAGUAGCUACUCUUCUUCACCAUGAUGUAAUUACCGCCCGCGAACCCAGUGGCUCAUCGGUAGUUACGGCCUCUUCUUGUGUCAAGCAAUCGGGGGCGCCACGCAAGCAACGUCGCACACCUCCCAUGUAUCGCCGUUUUGCCGGCCAUCCUCACCUCCCGUCGCUGCGUCGGAUAG